AUGCAGACGGGCGGCUUGGAGUUGCUUUUGGACGUAUGUUUGUCGCUGAUGCAGACUAAGAUCCCCGUCAACGAAAACACGAUUACCGAAGACUUCACGGAGGCAGAAGACUUGUUGCCGUGGAUGAUAACGAGAAGUAAGGCGAGCCAGAAGCUGCAUGUGAAAGGAGCCCAAAGGCCGUACCUCAUGCUGACCGCUGAUGAGAGCGACUCCAAAAAUGCGACGGAAGAGUGGAUGGGACGGAAGUUUCGAACAUCGAGUGAUGAAGAAGAGAUGACGGGUGACGGAGCUUACGUGUGUUCGAUGAAGAAUCUGCUGUGA